CUUUACUUGUUUAGUGGAAAUUACGUUCAUGAUGAAAAAUUAGGAGAAAGUGCACUCACGAUUUUAGACAUUUGAUGUGUCUCCCAAGGAAAGUGCAAACUUGACAUCAUGUACAAUGAGGUGUAAUCUGUCGUAAUUAUGCAGGAAAUUGUCAUUUUACUUUGAGAAUGUGAUAAGAAUGUGAUGUAGGCUCAUAUCACAACUUCAGCUUGAAUAUCUAUUUCUUGAGCAGAAUUUAUAUCAGUUAAUUGCAUGAAUCUGAAAUAGUUCAAAAAGCCAAACGUCAUCCACUCGGAUGAAUCUUUUAUGAGCUUUGCAAAAAUUGUCUCUACAAAUUGCGAGGGUUUUUCUAACGGGCUUUCUUCUUCUUCCUCAGCGCCAAAGGAGAAGUCGUGUUACACUCUUUCCACAGUGAAGAAACUCUUGGAGCAGAAGAGAAAGCGCGAGACUUCCUCCGGGUCCCCUUCGGGCUCCACAGCAAGUGCAAGUCCUGUCCCUGCCGCGGCUGUCCCACAGGUGUCUACAGCAGAACCAGCAACCUCUACCGGUGCAUCAAGCAGUUACUCAGACAUGGCAGUGGGCUAUCAGCAAUGGGGGGCUAUGGCAGAUUCUGCAGAGCCUUUCAGCUUCUACGCCACCUCCACAAGUGUUGGCUAUGGUCCAACCUGCAGCCCACCAAUGGCUACUGGCUAUAGCACACAACAGCAGACGCAGGGAUACGGGAACGCCUCAAUGUCUCAGAAUUAUCAGGUCUGCCCAGUGACAGCAGCGGAUCCCAGUCUGUCUGCCUCCGGGACCGCUCUGGGAUCCAUUCUGACCCCACAGCUGAGUUUUGGUUUGCAAAUGGAUCCUGCCAAGCUGGAAGAGGCCAGAAUGUUCCUCCAAGGGAUGGACUAUAAUAAAACCACCAGUCAGGAUGAAGAUGGAGACACGAUUCUGCAUAUCUAUACAGCCAAGGGGCUCAGGGAGUGGGCCUUCGCUGCUGCAGAGAGGCUGAAGGAUUGCGGACAACUCGAUGCCAAAGAACACAAGGGCAAGACUGCUUUGCUGGUGGCAGUGACAGCAAACCAGCCGGAUAUCAUCCAAGACCUGAUGUUAUUCGGCGCGGAUGUCAACGCCUGUGACUUCAGUGGUCAGACUGCCCUUCACCUGGCUGCCGAGUACGGCUUCCCUGAGGUCAUACAGGUAAUUCUAUCCAGUCAUGCAGUGAACCUGGAAACUCGCAAUUUUGAAGGCAUGACUCCUCUGCACUGUGCAGCCAUUUCUCACUGUGAAGUGGUGAAGGGUCUCUCAGCUAGUCGGCUCUUAGACGCCGGCCUUCAGGCAAAGGCGGGGAAGACGCGCUUCUGCCUGCAGAUUUUGCUUAAUAACGGAGCGUCGCUGCUCAGCCAGGAAAUCAAAAGUAACAAGACAGUCCUGCACCUGGCUGUCAAGGAGGGGAACAUCGAUUUGGUUCGACAUCUGCUGAAUGUCCCUCUGUCAAACAUGAGGGACUUUGUCAACAUGAAAGCUCAUGGACACACGCCCUUACACAUGGCAGCUGGUCUUCACGGGAACCCCCACCAGGAGGAGAUUCUGCGGCUGCUGCUAAGCAACGGAGCCGACCCCAGCAUCCGCAACCUGGAAAAUGACCAGGCCGCUCACCUGCUGCAGAGCGGCCCCCAAGGAGAGCAGCUCAAGCUCAUCCUGAAGAGACGCAGUACUUCUACCCGUCGACGUGUGAUGUCCUUGCAGGACAAAGAAUGACUGGGAUUAGUUAAAUUCCCCAUGUAGCCCUCCCUGUCUGGCAAAAUGGGACCCAAUGCGGCCCCCUUUGGCUUGACAUGGAGGGAAUUGUUUGGUAUCUUCUUGUGAGGUGUUAAGGAGUCUCUGGCCUAUAUGUGGCUGGAGCGUUUUCUUUCAAACAACCUGUUUGACAUACCCAUAUCUGGAAAUAAUGAUUUAUGUUCAAAUUGGCCAAAGUAUGCUUUAGUUCCUUUAAAGCUGAAAUUAUUUAUAGCCAAGUGCUUAUCCAACAUGUUGGAUGGCAGUCGUUCUUGCUUCUAAAAUUGAAGUGUUUCUUUCGAAUUAAAUGAGAUAUUCGUCUCACAUGGCUGCUGCUGCCUCCAAAGUGAAGCACAUUUUGGGCUACUAGUGCACCUUUUCUCUCAAAACAGUCAUGGUUUUGAGGGUAGGUGUGAUAAGCUGCAAUCCAUGGUUUUUCUCCAUUAAUAAGUUAUUUUAUCCAUUUGAAAAGUGAUGAUGAUGAUGUGGCAGUUGUGUUAUACAGACAAUGUCACAGUACAACAGUUUGAUGUAGAAGGCCGUGAGAAACAGACCUGCUGCAGCCGGUUUUCUCAGGCUACACAUAAAGUUUGGCGGCCGCUGUCACUUGUGUGCCAUCAGCUCACCAGUAAGCAGUUUGCACCUUUGUAAAAAAACAAAACAAAAACGGGAUUCUAGCAGGUGUCCAGGUAGCGUAGCGGUCUAUUCUGUUGCCUACCAACACGGUUCAAAUCCCUGUGUUACCUCCAGCUUGGUCAGGCGUCCCUACAGACACAAUUGGCCAUGUCUGUGGGUGGGAAGCCUGAUGUGGGUAUGUGUCCUGGUCGCUGCACUAGCACCUCCUCUGGUCAGUUGGGGUGCCUGUUCGAGGGGGGAGGGGGAACUUGGGGGGGGUGUGAUCCUCCCCACGCGCUACUUCCCCCUGGCAAAACUCCUCACUGUCAGGUGAAAAGAAGCGGCUGGCAACUGACUCCACAUGUACUGGAGGAGGCAUGUGGUAGUCUGCAGCCCUCCCCGGAUCGGCAGAGGGAGUGGAGCAGCGACUGGAAGGCUCGGAAGAGUGGGGUAAUUGCCUGGAUACAAUUGGGGAGAAAAAGCGGGGGGUGGGCGGAUCCUUGGACUAAAGCUAACGCAGGCAAUCUAAUGUAUCACAAGCGUCAUCAAACUGUACCACAACACUGUCGAACAGCAGUAUUGAUUGUCUGUCGACCAGCUCAGCAUCACACUGGCAUGAUGGUUCAGUCCGUCUCCCUGCUGGAGUUGUUUCCGAAUCCCACGUGUCUGCCACUGUAUCAGUGUACAUGUGACCCAGGCGAAAAGAUUCCUGCAGCGGUGUACAGAGACUGUCUCCCACCAUGGGAAAGAUGCCAGGCAGUAUUAUGUAACCUGACUCCGUGGUCCAGAUGGAUAAAAUAACUUUGUUACAAAGAAAAAGUCGUGGCUGUCCGCUUGAAAUAUUGACCGAUAAUCCUCGAUAUGCAUCUGUUGUUUUCCAAAAUGGAUGCAAAACAUUUCAGAAUGAAACACUUCGAUUUAAAGUUAAGUCAAGCGGUGUGGUCGCGUUUCCCCAACGGCUCACACCUCUUGUCUCAAUUUGAUUUCUAUGAAAUCGUUCACGUGACCUUUACGACGGGGUUUCUUUGAAAUCUCUCGCCGAAUUCCCUGUCAUAACCCUCCACCAGGAUAAGUAAUCAUAUUGGUUUAUUGAAUGGUGGCCGUGAUUUGCAUCACCAUAUGUGCUUAGGUUGAGAAUGCAAAACUCUGAAGUCCGAUAACUGUAGCAUAUAAUUUAAUUAUUUUCUCUUUGUUUGCCUCAUGCUCUUUUCAUAGGGGUGCCUACUGACCCCUGUACAUCACAGCUAAUGAAACCGGCUCUUACUCAAUGGGCCCCUUACUAGGGGAAAAGAAAACUUCAUACUAUGUAAAACCAACAACUUUGUUUUUUAUCUAUGUAUAUGAAACCACUGAUGUGUAACAAAUUACGUCUUCUUCCUUCAGAGAAAUGAUUUAAGUAAGCCCUGAUACAAAUUGUGUGACUAAUCAGGUAUUUCAGUCAUGAGUCACAGCUAUGGAUCGAAAAGUUCCAUCCGCUGCUGUGACUUUCUCUGUGCCCUUUGAAAUGGUGCUUAUUUAUAGACGGUGAUUAGAUGUAAACCAAAUCGUCCCAAUAGAAAGCAAGUUUUAGAUUUUUGUAAGCCACCCGAUCGUAGAAUAUCAACGUUUCGCACCCGGUUUCCCCCUCCGCGCCAUUGUUGGAGUACCUUCAAUUUUGAAACGGUUAUGGCGUGAGGCGGGCAAAUGGGUUGUGAAUGGCCUCUCCCAGGUGCCAUCACUGUUACUGGAUGACUGCUGAAAGUUCACAAAAAAAGGUUAUGAUGCAACCACCUUAAAACAUUGCUUGCCGUACAGUUUUGUUUCCUUUGUUUUAUUCCAGCAGAAGCCUCGUUGGUUAAGUUGUGCAAAAAGACUCCAGAAGAUUCUUUUGGCUACGCCAUUGACUUAGACCUCGUACAUGGAAAUAACUUAAAAACAGAAGAAAAGAACACGUGUUGUAUAUUUCAAUCAAAAAUAUACGCUGCCCGGUUGAUGAAGUAAAGCGCUGAGUUCAUGACCGUGUGAGCAUCUGCUAGCUUCCUGGCUAAUCCCACAUGCUUAAUCGUUUCAGAGCAGUUGACAAGGGGCAUUAAAGUAACAACCAGAGCAAAUUAACAGCAGAUAAGGAUUACACAGUUAGUUAUAAUAAUCCAUGCAUUCUUUACUGAAACCUGCACAUUUUAUUAUCUCGCCAUUAGAUGUAAACGUUAAUGGGAGUGCCUCGAGUGAUGUGCGUCCCUGUCGGAUCGAGCGCGUCAUGCAGUCCAACAUUUACCAAGUCAGGAUGAAAUGUGAGGGAGAGAGAGAAUCCUUUAAAUGGUCUUAAUGGAAAGUACCGUGCCUAAUGUCAUGAUUUACACACAUACACAUAGCAUUUGCCAUAGGUCUUUUUUUUUUUUUUGCUUUUGGUAUUAAAAAUGAGAAAGUGAAUACAAUUCACACUUGGCCCGUUGUGAAGGACAUUUAGAUGCGAGGCACCAACGACAUAAUUGGAAGAUUUCGCAGCCAGUUAAAAUCUAGUCCCAAGUGAAUGAAAUGUAAUCUAAAGAAAAUCUUGCAUUGGAAGUUUUUUUUUUGGUGGGUGGGUGGUUGGGUGGAGGGACUAGGUUUGAUUCUUGACUGAGAAACCAGCCUCGAGUGUCAUGAAGGCAUUUAACAGUCCACUGAUGAAUAAACCCAUAGUACCGAAUGGAUCCUGGUUAGGAUGUGUUUUAAAUCCCUGCGGUUGGUUUCUUCCAGCUGACGAAUGCUGGUUAUAAGGUGAUGAUGAUGCGUGUGUGUACUCGCCGGCAUGGUCCCCAUGAUGACCUCCCCUCUCUCCGUCAAACACACUGGAUGUUCUCUACACAGUCUGGGGAGGUACUGCAAAAUAACCCCCAGCAAGAUAGCAAGAAGAGUUAGACAGACAAAUAAAACACUCAAUCCUCCACUUUUACAGUGCCAUCCAGUAAUAUGAGACCCAGGGAGGUGUGUGUGUGUAUGAGCCUACCUUCUGUCUUUGGAAUCUGGGUGCCAGAUGAAGUUGAGCUGCACAUAGGAAGAAGAAUGAAAGGCACAAGUAAAAAUUUAUCCAUCAGGUAUUCAUCAGCUGCAAUUGUGGAUUAUUUGCAAACACUUUAAAAAACUGUGGCCACAACUUUAGCCAUAUAGUGUGGGUUGCAUUUCGUCAAAGGAGGUGUACACUAUGUUGGUUAGAGACCAAGGUGGCAAAGCGUUGAAACCACAGAGUUCUGAGGUGACUGACAGGCCUAACGGCAGACCAAAUGCAGUGAUCCUGCAGCUUGUCCUGCUAAAAGAGCUGCUUGUUGUUUCUGAAUCGCCAUACAAGCGGCAUGCCAUCAGCUAAGGGGAAGAGACAGUGCCCACACACUGCCAACACACACUCAGGGAGCACAGCGCUUUAAUGCAGACCCAAUCAAGUGUUUCUCAGGUCCAUAUAGGACAAUACAGAGCGUAACCAAACAGUAUGCUAAACAUUUUUCUGUCACUUUAUCUUACGACUAAGCUCCGGAAUAUGUUGGCAGUGAUUCGGGGUUGUAUAUGGGGAGGGGGUACAGGGGUACAUUCGUAAAGAAGCAUCCAGGGAAAGGCAGGGUUGUGGUAUUUGGGGAGCAUUUUAUCUUAGUAUUAGUUGAAAUAUUGGAAAAAUCUUGUCCUGUUUGACUGAGUCUCCUCCUCAAAAGUCAGAUUCAUACAGCAUGCACAGGUGCAUCAUCCACCAAGCCUUGUGCAAA